GUUCGGUUUAUGCGCAUGCGAAUCGAAAGAGGAAGUAAAUUUCUGAAGGACAAAAUGGCGACAGGUGGGAGUGAAGUAACCUCUGAUGAAAUAUUUAACUUCAAAUGUUCAACCUGUGUUAAACUGAAUAAGAACAGGGAGGCUGUGAAAUACUGUGUUGAAUGCCAGGGAUAUUGUUGUCAGUCAUGUGUAGACAUGCACAGUGUCUUUCCAACUUUAGAAGGUCAUAGCCUCUUAGAUAAGUCAAGUUUUAAGACUACCACUUUCACAACAGAUCUACCAGAGAUACCGACAGUUAGAUGCAGCUACCAUGAGACAAAGGUUGUGGAUAUGUUCUGUGAAAACCAUGACGUGGUCGGAUGUACAACUUGCAUGGCGUUAAACCACAGAAGCUGCAAAGACGUUCAGUCGAUACCUGAUAUUAUUGAGACGGCAUUUCAGAGAGCGGAUGUGGAUACAACGGUUCAAAAGUUGUUAGAUAUGAAGACCGCGAUGACAAAAAUGAAGGAAUCUAGAGAAACCUUUUUACAAACAUUAGUCAGAUCUAAGACAAAAGCUAUUAAUGCUAUCAAGAAACACCGACAAGAAAUGGAAAUGCUGCUUGAAAAUAUGGAAAAAGAAUCAAUAAAGGAAGUCGAGAAGAAAUUUAGUGAAAUAGAAUAUAUUCUGCACCAAGAGAAAAACAAUGCAGAAAAGGAAGAGGAUACAUUGAAACGAGAUGCUGAUAACAUACAGAAGUCAGACGGAAAUCGAGCUCAACAAUUUGUCUAUAUGAAAACUGCCCAGACGAAAUUUGCUGAAACUGAAAUUGUUUUGCGUUCACUGAAGGAGCGCAAUGACACAACGUUAUCUUUUGUAGAAAAUCCAGAUAUACGGAAGUUCUUGCAAAAUAUAAAGACAUUAGGCACUGUCAAAAAUCCUCGUCCCGUUCUUUCCCAGCCAGGGACUACCCUGUACACAGUCACUAAUACCCGAUCAUUGAAUGUUAGAACAUCAAGUGACACAAUCCGUUGUCAGGUGCGCGGUUCUUGUUUCACAGACAAUGGUUUUCUUCUUGUUGCUGAUCAUGACAAUAAAAAGCUGAAAAGAGUAGACAUAUUAAAAAUGUCAGUUGUCGACCAAUGUGACCUUCCGGACGGACCGAAUGGCGUCUGCUGUAUAAGUAAGCAAGAAGCAGUGGUAUGUUUAGACAACAACAGAAUCCAGUUCGUGUCAUUGGAUAACCAAAUGUCGUGCACAGUUCCGGGAAGUAUAUAUUUCAGAACUGUUGGCACCUUGUGUUCUCUGAUGAUGGUGAUACUUUGUUCGUAA